AUAAACGAAGAAAUGAAUAGAUUCAUUAUAUUGGCGUUGUUCUUGAACGUGGCGAUGGCACAAGUUCCUUUUGUUUGCGAUUUUGUGUGCACACCUGAGAUACUAGAUUCGUGCCCUGUUCUGGAUUGCGGACCAAACGAAUCGCCGCAGCAUAAACCCGGAACGUGCGACUGCUGCAAUGUAUGCUUGCCCAAUAAAGGAUCAGACUGUAAAGUUGACUGUAGCACUGAUCAGUGCCCGCAGAUAAAAUGUGCUACAGGUUAUGAAUCAUAUAAACCUCCUUGUGAAUGCUGUAAUGAGUGCAGAAAAAUUGAAAGCCCUUCCUGUAAUGUUAAUUGUAGUACUGUAAGUUGCGCAUAUGUUGAAUGUGAUUCAGGUUAUGAAUCGUACACACCUCCUUGUGAAUGCUGUAAUAAAUGCAGGAAAAUUAUAACAUCCCCUGGUCCAGAAGUUUGCGAAGAGAUCGAUUGUAACGGAGAAGAAUGUAAAAUAGUUGACUGCAUUGCAGGUUACGUGCCUGCAAGGUCUGAGUGUGGUUGUUGCGACAAGUGUGUACCGGAAAAAAAUACUUGCAGUAAAAACGAAGUUUAUACUGAAUGCGGGUCUGCAUGUCCCAUAACUUGUGCCAACUUGGGAAAAGAUCAAGCCUGCACUGCACAAUGUGUCACAGGUUGCUUCUGUCAAAAAGGAUUAGUUAGAAAUGAUCAGGGUGAAUGUGUUGACCCAAAUCAGUGUCCAAAACCACCAUCAAAGACUUGUGGUAAACACGAAGUUUAUACUAAAUGCGGCUCUGCAUGUCCCCUAACUUGUGCCAACUUAGGAAAAGAUCAAGCCUGCACUGCACAGUGUGUCGAAGGUUGUUUCUGUCAAGAAGGAUUAGUUAGAAAUGACUACGGUCAAUGUGUACACCCAAAUCAGUGUGCAAAACAUACCUGCGGUAAAAACGAAGUUUAUUCUGAAUGCGGCUCUACUUGUCCCCAAACUUGUGCCAACUUAGGAAAUAAUGAGGUCUGCACUUCACAAUGUGUCAAGGGUUGUUUCUGUCGUGAAGGAUUAAUUAGAAAUGACGAGGGUGUAUGUGUACAACCAAAUCAAUGUCCAAAACAUACUUGCAGUAAAAACGAAGUUUAUACUGAAUGCGGGUCUGCAUGUCCCAUAACUUGUGCCAACUUGGGAAAAGAUCAAGCCUGCACUGCACAAUGUGUCACAGGUUGCUUCUGUCAAAAAGGAUUAGUUAGAAAUGAUCAGGGUGAAUGUGUUGACCCAAAUCAGUGUCCAAAACCUUUCUCAGCACCUUCAGAAACGUGCGGUAAAAACGAAGUUUACAGUGAAUGUGGCUCUACAUGUCCCAAAACUUGUGCCAAUUUAGGAAAAAAUCAAGUCUGCUCUUUUCUAUGCGUCAAGGGUUGUUUUUGUCAAGAAGGAUUAGUUAGAAAUGACAAGGGUGAAUGUGUACACCCAAAUCAGUGUCCAAAACGUUUCUCAGCACCUUCAGAAACGUGCGGUAAAAACGAAGUUUAUUAUGAAUGCGGCUCUGCAUGUCCCCUAACUUGUGCCAACUUGGGAAAAGAUCAAGGCUGCACUGAACAAUGUGUCAAGGGCUGCUUCUGUCGUGAUGGAUUAAUUAGAAAUGACGAGGGUGUAUGUGUACACCCAAAUCAAUGUCCGAAACGUAAGAAAAUAAUGAUUUUUUUAGAUAUAUAAAGUAAUUUUUUACAGUAAUUAAUUUUUAUUCUAGUCACAGUCGCAGUCGUAUCGGUUGGCCGAGGUGCCUAAGUUCGGUUUGGCCUUUUACCUCUGCAUCAUAAGGUGAGGAUCGUUGAGGUGGAAACCUGCAGGUUCUUGUUGCCUAAAAAUAAGUGUAGGAAUUAAUACAACGUGCAAGAUUUAACGAACUUUACGGAAACUCGAAAAAUUUUUAAUUUAAUGCAUUUUUUGGCAACAGUAAUGAAACUGAGCAUGUGUUAGUUGUAA